AUGUCCACAGCCUCCCUCAUCCCCAACGCCGAAGACUUCGUCAACACCGCGCCUCGCCAGCCAAGCCUAACCUCGCUAUCCCGGCGACAAUCGCGAGCAGCGCUACAGCCACUGCCAUCGCCCGGUGCCUACGACUCCCAUGGAACCCUUCCGCGCGAGUUUGGUGGAUCGCGCGGCCAAAGUCUCCACGAUGUGGAUCUGUACAAGGGCGACGCGGAGGCAGGGCGCUUGCAUGGCGAUGUGAGGGGGUAUACCUUGAACACGGCGUAUUUGGGCGUUGCUUUCUGUUUCAUCUUUGUUGCGUUCAAUGUCGGCCAAUCAUAUAUCACAGUGCUGUAUCCGGACAUAGGCACGUACGUCCUGGGGGUCAUCUACCUGUUCUUUGCACUGGGAUCCCUGACAGCGUCGAGCGUCGGCGAUGCGUUGGGACCAAAAGGGGCCAUGUGCGUUGCGUCCAUCGCGUUUGUGGCGUUUGUUGCGAGCUUGAACACGCGGGUGGAGGCGCUAGUGUUAGUUGCCGCUGCGUUAGUCGGCAUUGGCUCAGGAACUCUAUGGAUCAACCAAGGGUUAUGGUUGAGUAGGCUUUGCGGGCAUGCCGGCGGCACAUUGACCGGCUACUUCACAGGGCUCUUCUUCACAAUCUGCAACGCCAACGGAGUCCUCGGCAACAUCCUCGCCCUCAUCCUCCUUGAAGUCGGUCUCUCGCUCUCAACCAUGAUCUGGGCCAUGCUGAUCGUCGUCUCGCUCGGCGCCCUGAUGCUCUUCUUUGCCGCGCCCAUGGCCGCUGUCCCCACAUCGCUAACGACGUCCUCAGCCCCAUCGUCGCUGCGAGAGAAUGUGAAGGCCGUGUGGCGCGUGAUGCGGAUGCCGAAGAGCGCGGUUGUUGCGCCGAGUAUUUGGAUCCAGGGGUGUAACUUGGCGUUGAUGUUUGGGAGGUUGACGGAGACGCUGCCGGCUGGGUCGGGGCAGGCUGCUGUUUCGAAAUGUUUUCUGUGCUAUGGCUUCACCCAAUGCCUGUUCUCCUACCUCAACGGCCUCAUUUACGACCGCUACGGCCAAACCCCCCUCGUCCGCUCCUUCCUCCUCACCGGUCUCGGCGGCUACCUCGGCCUCCUCUCCAUCCUCCCCUCCGAGUUCGCCGACCCGCAACCCAUCGCCGCCUUCCUCGCCGUCAGUGCCGCCCUCGGCCACGUCGACGCGACCCUCAACACCAUGGUCAAUCUCGCCAUCACGAACGCGUACACGGCCGACACGACAGCCGCGGCAUUUGGAUGUUACCGGAUCGUGUUUUGCGCUGCGAUGGUUGUGAUGAAUAUCUUUGCGGUGAAGAUUGCGGUUGGGUGGGUUGUUAUCGGGAAUGCGAUGUGGAUUGCCGUUGCGGGGGCUGUGUAUAUCAAGUUUGCGGGGAUGUUGACGGCGGGGGAUGGCGGGGCGGCCGCGAAGGCGAUGGUGGAUCCGGAGUUGGGCAUAUCGCAGAAAGCAGUGCCGUAUGACUAG